UCGAGUUUAUAUUACCUCUGACUUUAUAACUGAUACAGGAAAUUUAGUGAGUGAAUGACUGCAUUUUUUUAUAUGAAAUUAACAUCUGUUUUGCAAAAAAUUAGAUUUUCAAGUUGUAAAUUUAUUAUUGUUGUUCCUGAAAAUGUUGAUAAUAAAAGAGGAUCAGCUGGAAGAAUUUUGCGGGGAGUUACAGCAUUUGUUACCACAGUCCUUUCCGAUUCUAAAGCUGGCACAAAACCAUCUAAAGAAAAAUUCUUUUGCAUGGCCUGGACUGGAAUUUGUGGUUGAUCGCUUCCCUAAUUUUACUGCCUGCUUAGUCCGGCCGCGCCCAGGAGAUCCCACAUAUGUUCCCAGACGAUGUCACUAUCUCUAUAGUGCGAUUGCUACAGAUGUGGAAAACUUUAAAAUGCUGCUUGACCAACCAGAUUUGGUCAACUGGAAAACUGCCGUAUAUUUCCAGGCGAUUCCGGAAGACCUUCUCGGUGCGGUAGAGGAGGUGUGCAGCAAACAUGGUUCUACAAUUGGUCCAAAGCAGCACCUACACUUUUCUGCUACUGGAUGGACUGUUAAACCAGCGGAAAUAGCAAGUAUGCCGCAACCGCCGAUCGAGGGAUUCACUUUCCGUCGUCCGGACCGAGACGAUAUGCCGGUUCUCAGUAAACUGUGGCGUUACGGUGGGGGCACCGACGAGACACUGCAGUAUCUCUAUCACCUGCAUGACCACCACUUUCCGAUGAUGGGCAUCUACAAAGAGCAGCAGCUGGUCGGCUUCGGCAUCAUAACGGCGGAAAUGGCCAUGUCGGCGGGAUAUGUUCAGCCGGAAAUUCGCGGACGCGGCUUGGCUGGGGGAAUUAUUGGGUAUAGCGCCAAGGACAUGCAGGAGAUCGGCGAAACGGACAGUUUCAUGUUCAUCAGUGAAGACAAUGUAGCCUCGAAGAAGGUGUUCACCAAAGGUGCCGGCGCAGUGCGACAGGAAGACUGGAGAAUUGUGGAUGUGCUUUACAAACCGCACAAUGUGGAUAAAAACGAUCCACUAAUGAUAUGGUAUAACAAUAUACACGGCGAUAGUCAAAAUUAAUAAAGUUUUAAUAUUGCGAUUGCUUAACAGUCAUCCAUAUCCGUGUUAUAGUCGCCAGUGACGGUUUCUUGACGCUUGAAACAACCAAACUGAAGCACAUGCGUAUUGUAAAAUACACAACAGCGAUAAAAUAGAACAAAAUCCAAUGCUUUGUAAUAUGACACUUUCAUUUUAAUUUUUAACAGUUAUGUACUAUAUGAAGAAUCUUCCGCGAUGUAAAGUAUCUGCGCCGGAAACCAACUUAACCAAGAUGCAAAAGUGAAUUAUUUUA